UAGAAGAAUGGAAUAAAGAAGAAGAGAAAAUGAAAAUUCAAGUUACAUUAGUUGAAAAGAAAAAUGUUGGAAUGAUUAAAAUGUUUAAUCCAAGACUACAUGAAGUUGAUUUACAAAAAGAAGUUAGAGAAGUAAAGAAGAAGAUUAAAGAAGAAGCACGUAAAGCAUCUAAAAUUGAAGAAGGAAUUACACAAAAUAUUAGUGAUAUGAAACGAUAUGAAGAAGAAAUUGAAAGACAAAAACAAAAGAAAGCAUAUGGAAAGAUUCUUAAUGAAUUACAAGGACAACAAAGUGAAUGGAAAAAGUUUGAUAAAAAGAAAGGAAAACAAAAUUAUAAAAAGAAAGUACGAUAUUAA